AUGGACAAUUUAUUAGUACCUUCUGACACAAUUGAUACUACUCAUGCAACAAUUGAAAGUUAUGCAGCACAAAUGAAAUCUGUUAUAAUUUUAGAGAAAACAAAAAAAAAUUCAAAUAAUAGUUAUAAGCAAAUACUUUUUGUAUGUGAAAAACAAGGACAAUAUGCUAGAAAAAAUGAUGCAUAUACUACCAAAUGUACUGGAUAUCCCUUUUUUAUCAAUAUAUAUUAUCGCAAGCAUGAUAAAGAAUUUGCCAUUACUAAGUCGUGCCUGAAGCACAAUUAUGACCCUUGUUCUGAUGCUACAAAAUUCAGCAGUGUUAUGAAAAAAAUUGAUCAAAAUGAUCUUGGAUUGAUAGAAAAGUUACACAAUGAUGGACUUAGAAUGAAGAACAUUUUUUCAGUAUUGAAUUCUGUUAGCACAAAAUAUCUUCAUAAACAUGAUGUUUACAAUGCCAUAAGUGAUAUUGCAUUAAAAAAUGCAUUUAAUGACAAACAAGACCAAGAUGAUGAAUUUAUACAGACAAUUUUUUGGGCAUACUACAAUGCAGUUUCUGAGUUUGCAGUAGAUAAAGAUGUCUUGAUUAUCGAUACGACUUACAAAACUAAUAGUGACCUUUCAGAAGGUAAAACCGAGCAAGAUAUUAUAGCAUUGUGGACAAAAUAUCCAAAGGCAAAGAUAUAUAUAUCUGAAACUUGGAUGCUAUAUAAAAAAAGCUGGCUUGCACCUUAUACAAAGAGAAAUAUAAACCUUGAUAUAAGAUCAAGCCAGCAUGUUAAAAGUCUUUACACAUAUGAGCCAUUUUUACAUCAGAACAAACAUACAUAUGAUGAAGCAAAUAUGUGGCUAGAAAAGUUGCAAUCAGCAUACUCACACUUUGCAUUUGAGUCAUUUAUAAAACAGCAAGCAGAACUUGUAAAACAACUUUUAAGUUAUCAUCACAGUGCUUUUACAGGUUUAAUGCAGCAGUCUUAUGAGUAUGUUAUUAAGCAUGAUAAAAUGCCAGAGCUGCCACAAAGAGGUUCAAAUAUUAUACAACCAAGUAUUUUUGAAACUGUUAAUAUUUCUGAUGUAACAAAUUAUAAUAAAAUUAAAAUACCACCAAUCAAACAUUCACAUAGAUGCCUACCAAAUAAUAGACAUAUUUAUAACACAGAUAAAAAUAAAACAUCUUUAAAGAAAAGCAUAUCGGCAACAAAACAUUUACGGGGUCGAUCACCAAAGAAUGCUAAAAA